CUGGCCCCGCCCGGGACCCGGCGGGAGCCCGGGGCCGCCCCGUUCCUCCCUCACUGGCGCUGGGCUGAGCCCCGAACGGAGAAACCUCGUAGGCUCCGAGCUCCCUAUUUAGUUUUUGGGUGGCUGCAGCCUGAGGAGGAACAUGGCGCUCGUAGGCAACGGAGCAGAGCUGGAGGCAGACGAGUAGAUUAGGUGGGGUUGACACCGGAGGACUGGAGUGCUUGACAUGUUAAGGCAUUGACGAGGUUCAUCGUACAGCCAUAAAAAUAGUAGCGGAGUAGACUAUGUACAGGACAUCUUUGAAGAUGCGUUGGAAACCAUCUCUGUGUUUUCUCGCACAGAUAUGGCAGCAAGCAGCCAACCCUUUGCAUCACUUGACACAAAACAGGCAGCUGGCCGGCCUGGGUCUUCUGCCACUGUGAGCAGGUCAUCAUCAAUGAAGGUGGAUCUCAAGUGUGGCCUAGAAGAAUGUUCAGUGGCAUUGAACUUAUUUCUAAGUAACAAAUUCACAGAUGCCUUAGAAUUGCUGCGACCAUGGGCUAAGGAGAGUAUGUACCACGCCUUGGGCUACAGUACUAUCGUGGUGUUGCAGGCCGUCCUGACCUUCGAGCAACAGGACAUCCAAAAUGGCAUUUCUGCCAUGAAGGAUGCGUUACAGACCUGCCAAAAAUACAGGAAAAAAUGCACAGUUGUGGAAUCUUUCUCAAGUCUUCUUUCUAGAGGAUCAUUGGAACAGCUGACUGAAGAGGAAAUGCAUGCCGAAAUCUGUUAUGCCGAGUGUCUCCUGCAGAAAGCAGCACUCACGUUUGUGCAGGAUGAAAAUAUGAUCAACUUCAUCAAAGGUGGACUAAAAAUUAGGACAAGUUACCAAAUAUACAAAGAAUGUCUUUCUAUCCUGCAUGUAAUUCAGAAGAACAAAGUUGAGCAGCAGUUCUUCUAUGAGUUUGAAGGGGGUGUCAAGCUUGGAAUAGGUGCCUUUAAUUUGAUGCUCUCCCUUUUACCAGCCAGGAUUAUCAGACUACUAGAAUUUAUAGGAUUUUCUGGAAACAGGGAGUUGGGGCUCCUGCAGUUACAAGAAGGCGCGUCGGGAAGAAGCAUGAGGUCCCCACUGUGCUGCCUAACUAUUCUAGCUUUCCACACGUAUAUCUCCCUGAUACUUGGUACAGGAGAAGUGAAUGUUCCGGAAGCAGAGAGUCUCCUUGCACCCUUCCUCCAGCAGUUUCCAAACGGCUCCCUCAUGUUGUUUUAUCACGCCCGGAUAGAGCUGCUGAAGGGAAAUGUGGAAAAGGCACAAGAGAUACUUCGAAAAUGCAUUUCAGUUCAAGAAGAAUGGAAACAGUUUCACCAUCUCUGUUACUGGGAGCUGAUGUGGAUUUCUGUGUUCCAACAAAACUGGAUGGAGGCAUAUUAUUAUUCUGAUCUGCUUUGCAAAGAAAGUAAAUGGUCCAAGGCAACAUAUGUAUUCUUGAAAGCUGCAAUUUUGAGUAUGCUUCCGGAGGAGGAUGUAGUAGCAACUAACGAGGAUAUAGUAACCUUAUUCAGACAGGUGGAGAGCUUGAAGCAGAGGAUUGCGGGGAAAUCCAUCCCUACUGAGAAGUUCGCUGUGAGGAAGUCCCGUCGCUACACCGCCUCGCUGCCUGCACCUGUGAAGCUCACCCUGCCUGCCUUGGAAAUGAUGUAUGUCUGGAAUGGUUUUCCAAUCGUGAGCAAGAGAAAAGACCUUUCUGAAAAUCUGUUGGUAACUGUUGAAAAGGCCGAGGCUGCUUUACAAAAUGAAAACGUGAGCGACUACUCUGUGGACGAUGAGUGCCUGGUGCAGCUGCUGAAAGGGUGCUGCCUGAAGAACCUGCAGCGGCCCUUGCAAGCCGAGCUGUGCUUCAACCACGUCCUCCAAAGUGAAAAGCUACUGAAGUAUGACCACUACCUAGUGCCGUUUACUCUGUUUGAGUUGGCCUUUUUGUACAAAAGCCAAGGGGAAAUUGACAAGGCCAUCAAGACCCUAGAAACUGCAAGAAACAACUACAAAGAUUACUCCAUGGAGUCCAGACUUCACUUCCGAAUUCAGGCAGCCAUUCACCUGUGGAAAAAAACUUCCUCAGAUUGAUCAGAACAUGAAGGAUGAACCAUUGGCAUCUGCUGUCUAUUAGACCUUGGAUUAAAGUGGAAAAGUGAUCUUGUGAACGAGAGACGAGAAACGAAUUUUAUUGUCAAUAUUUUCUAUCAUGUCUGUGAUUUACUGUUGAUCUGCAUAUAUGUUUUUUUUCCUAUGAGACAAUAUUCAAUAUUCAGUACUAUCUAGAAAAUUCUUAUAUUUUGCCUCUCCAAAAAGAAUUUCAUACUAGAUUUGAAUUGGAGAGUGAAGAAGUCUUUUAAAGGACUCACAAAAUAAUGAAGUCUAAUUAGAUUAUUUAUUUUUUUAAUGUGGUGAUUCAUGUUUAAGUAGCAAACGGCUUAUAAGUUGAGCCAUUUUUAGGUUUGUUGGUCAGAGAUAUUUUGUUUCCUCGUAUUUAAAUGUAAGAGGGGAAACAGAAAUCAUCUACAUUCAAAACAGAGUAACAAUAACCUACAGUCUCAUGAAUAAGACAAGCGGUGGGUGUGAGUAUGGACAGGAUAAUGUCCUCAAGAGGAGGAAGGGAACUGUAUCUAGAAAAGAUGGUGAAAUAUUAGAUUUUGCUAUGUUUUGUUUUUUAUUCUUCAUGUAAGUUAAAAGUAGUGAAAUUUUUGAGAGACUAUGUGUUGUUUGAAUGUACUUAAGUCUGUUAUAAAAACAAAAUUCAAAAAACUCUGUCUAAAGGGAAGAAAAGUCAUAUUUUAGAAAUUAUCCUCAACCUUAGCAAUGAGAGUCUACAAUAUAUAUAUGUUGAUUAUUUUUGUCUAUAGGAAGUAAAGUUUCUGCUGCUUUAAAUGAUAUGUAAAAUAUCAAUAAUUUUUAUACUCAUGAUGUUGGUGAGUAAGAUCUAAUUUUCUAAUCUCUCUAGCACUGUGAUGGUUCCUUGUACAUAUCUGGCCUUUGCUUCAUCCUCUAACUGGGAAACACAAUCAGGGCAGGAUGCGGAGGAGAGCCUGGCUCUGCUACUGAUUAGCAGUGACUGGGGUGACCUUUAGGAAGCCCCCUGCUCUCUGUAUCAGCAUAUUUUCCCCACCUGCGAAAUGGAAAAAGAACUGAUGUCUUUCCAGGUCUCUCUCAGUUUUAUAACGGUCAGUCGGUGCAUCCGGUAUUUUCAGCAAGCGAUGUCAAACUGUUCAACCCAAACUAUUACUACAAAGCGUGCGUCUUAUUUUGUGAUCAUCACUAUCUACGCCCCCGUCCCUCGUUUGUAUGUACUGGGGCUCAGGACAAGAUUGCAUCUGGGGUGAGGAAAAGCAGUUCAUGGGUCCAUACGUCAGGGUUUUGUCCUGUUUCUGUUCUGUUUUGAAGAGUAAGUUACAUGGAAGUCUCUGCAGUUUAACAGAAACAGCCCCAGACUGGGAGGCAGGAGCCCGUCUCUAUCAGUCGUUCCUUGACAUGGAGCAAGUCUAAUCCUUUCUGAGACUCAGUUUCCCCAGUGGGGAUAGCAACACAGUGCUUGGUGCUUGCGACGGUUCGAUUAGAGAAUGCAUAUGAUGGCUUUUUGUAAACUGUGAAAGGCUGUGUGACUGUGUGGGUUGCUGUAAUCAUUCUGAUUUUUACACACUGAUUACAAUAUCAGCACAAAACUA